AUGAAUAUUCUUAGCUCACUUUCUUCAAGAUUCAUUUCUGGUGCUUCCGACGACAUCAAUGGAUCUAAUCACGGAACUAACAACGGAGAUGUGCUAAACUCACCUCCCAGUGUGUUAUUCUUUUUCAUUAUCAACUGCGAUCUCGCCGAUUUAGAGCACGGCGAGUCUAAUGACGAUAUUAUGAAACAGAUUGUUGUGUAUUUGAGCUUUGAGAAUCACCCAGUUUCGGAGAAUGAGAUGGUCAAACGUGUUGGUCUUGUUCAAGGCCUAGACGAUUUUUCACUCAAGUUCUUAUCGUCGUCCGGAAAGGGUCAUCUUACCCAUAUUGAUACGGAUAAAACCCGAAUUGUCGUUGGUCAACUUCAGAACAGUUAUCGGUUCGUCUGUGGUCUGAGGCUAGCCUGUACCAACAAGCGCUUCAUAUCUGGUAAAGGCCUUGCAUCUCCUGAUUACAUAAUCAACGAAAUCCAGAUGGGUUACAAUCUAUGGAUGAUGAACUACGGAUCCUUAACAUCAGAGACUCCUCAUGAUAUUUUAGAGAAGUGGUGGCGAUCUUGGUUUGAUAACCGAUUUGAAUUUCCGGCCGGCUACAAUCUGAAUGAUAAAGGGUUUCUGAACUUGAUUCAAGGAAGACGUCUCUGCUCUGUUGAAUUCCCGAUAGGUUUUGCGAAGAAUUUACAGCUGCAUAUGACCGCCUUUAUUGAUCAGGAAACUGAUUUACAGGAUAUUGUGGUUAUCAAUAGUAAUUGGACUCCUUGCAAGAAUUAUGGAUUUUCUGCCUAA